CCCCCCCCCCCCCCCCCCCCCCCCCCCCCCCCCCCCCCCCCCCCCCCCCCCCCCCCCCCCCCCCCCCCCCCCCCCCCCCCCCCCCCCCCCCCCCCCCCCCCCCCCCCCCCCCCCCCCCCCCCCCCCCCCCCCCCCCCCCCCCCCCCCCCCCCCCCCCCCCCCCCCCCCCCCCCCCCCCCCCCCCCCCCCCCCCCCCCCCCCCCCCCCCCCCCCCCCCCCCCCCCCCCCCCCCCCCCCCCCCCCCCCCCCCCCCCCCCCCCCCCCCCCCCCCCCCCCCCCCCCCCCCCCCCCCCCCCCCCCCCCCCCCCCCCCCCCCCCCCCCCCCCCCCCCCCCCCCCCCCCCCCCCCCCCCCCCCCCCCCCCCCCCCCCCCCCCCCCCCCCCCCCCCCCCCCCCCCCCCCCCCCCCCCCCCCCCCCCCCCCCCCCCCCCCCCCCCCCCCCCCCCCCCCCCCCCCCCCC